AUGUUUUUGCUACAUUUUUUGAAAUUCCUAUUGGCUGCUUCAUUUGUCCAGGCACUGCUGAUAAAACGUUAUGACCCCAAGCCGAUACCCAGAAUUACGGAACGACAAGAUGCAUCAACCAAGAGCACAACCGGCAAGCUGGUCUUCUGCCAUUUCAUGAUGGGCAUCGUCGCCGGCCGCAAGAGCUCGGCCGACUACGAUGCAGACAUGCGACAGGCAAAGGACCUGGGCAUCGACGCUUUUGCCCUCAACAUCGGCACAGACGAGUUCACAGGGAAGCAGCUCGGCUACGCAUACGAGAGCGCGGCAAAACGACAUGAAGCUCUUCAUCUCAUUCGACUUCAACUGACGGCUCAGCUGAAGGUGGACGGUAAGGUGUUCGCCUCGUCCUUCUCUGGUGACGGCCUAGACGUCUCGGCUGUGAAGAGCGCCGCUGGCAUGGACGUCUUCUUCGCACCAAACUUCACCCCGGGUGGGACCCCUGAUGCCAAGAGUAUCGAGGGGGCUCUCAAUUGGAUAGCUUGGGCCCAACAAUGGCGCGAACAAGGCACCUACAUCUGGUCCCCAAUCUCUCCAAACUUUGUGUUCCCUUCAGACCUCCUGUGGUACGAACGAUGGACUGAGGUUUUAGACAGAAGCCCACCUUUCGUGGAGAUCAUCACCUGGAACGACUAUGGCGAGUCUCACUACAUCGCUCCCCUGUCUUCGCAACACGAAGACGACGGAGCUUCAAAGUGGGUGAAUGACAUGCCGCAUGACGGAUGGCGGGACCUGGCCAGGCCUUUCAUUGCCGCGUACAAGGCAGGAUCAAAGUCGGUCAAUGAGUAUAUCAAGGACGACCAGAUCAUCUACUGGUAUCGGCCAACGCCGAGGACUGUGAACUGUGAUUCGACAGAUAACACUAUGAAGGCUGGAAACAACGACAGUGGGAAUUACUUCAACGGCAAGCCAAAUGGAUGGCAAGACAUGCAGGACUCAGUAUUUGUGGUCAGCUUGUUGAAAUCCGCCGGGUCCAUCGACGUGACAUCGGGGAAGAACACGAAGACGUUCAACGCUCCGUUAGGCGCCAGCUCAUUCAAAAUAGACAUGGGCGUCGGGCAGCAGAAGUUCACCCUAACUCGGGAUUCAAAGCAGGUCCUGAGUGGAACCUCUCGCAAGGAUAUCACUGAGACCUGCCCCUGCGGGCUCUACAACUUCAACGCUUAUGUUGGGACCUUGCCAGAGGGCAAAUCUGAUCCUCUGGACGCAGCUGGGCUCGCAUCGUUCACUGUUGGUCUGUCAGUCAGGACCUGCUCGGCUGCGCCGUCCUUGGGCUCGGGAUCUCCCGCUCCAGUGCACCACGCCGACUGCGAGUGGUGCUGGCUCGACCACUGGAGGGGACAAACCUACCGGUGCAAGCGGAGCAGGCACACCAACGUUCACUGCGACGACGACGAGUGA